AUGGGAGGUAAUGGGCACAAGGGUGCCUAUAGGUUGAGAAUUGGGUCAUGGAACAUAGGUACAUUGACGGGUAAGCCUAUAGAGCUAGCGAAGAUCCUACAGAAGAGGAAGGUCAAUAUAAAGUAUGUCCAAGAGACUCAAUGGGUAGGAUCGAGGGCGAGGAAUACAGACGAUUACAAGUUGUGGUACUCUGGAGUCCAUAAAGGUAAGAAUGGUGUAGGCAUUCUGGUGGAUGGGGAACUUAGAGAGUCUGUGGUAGAGGUUAGGCGAGUGAAUGAUAGGAUAAUGUCUAUUAAGUUGGUGGUUGGAGAGUGCACCCUAAAUGUCGUGAGUGUGUAUGCACCGCAAGCGGGAUUGGAUGAGGAGGUCAAGAGGCGCUUCUGGGAGAGGUUGGAUGAGAUUGGGCGUAGUAUUCCGCUUGUUGAGAGGUUAUUUAUAUGA